CCUUGCUCAAACAUAAACCCUUGUUCUCCCCUCUCCUUUUUCUCUCAAAAUUCUCUCUCCUACAGCUCCAGACGCCAUGGGAACACCAGAAACAUCUCGAGAACCAUGUCCGGACCGAAUCCUGGACGACUUAGGCGGCGCCUUCGCCAUGGGAGCCGUGGGAGGUUCAGUGUUCCAUUUCAUAAAGGGAGCCUACAAUUCCCCUAAAGGUGAGCGCUUUCUUGGUGGGGUCAACACGGUUCGAAUGAGCGCACCUCGAACUGGUGGUGGGUUCGCCGUUUGGGGUGGUUUAUUCUCGAUUUUCGACUGUGGUAUGGUGUAUGUUCGUCAGAAGGAAGAUCCCUGGAAUUCAAUCUUCGCCGGAGCUGCCACUGGUGGGUUCCUUCAGAUGCGUCAGGGUCUCAAAUCAUCUGCUCGUUCUGCCGCUUUUGGUGGGGUUCUUCUUGCUUUGAUUGAAGGUGCUGGGAUCAUGGUUAAUCGGAUUAUGUCGCCGCCGCCUCAGGGUAUGUAUGAUGAGCCGGACAUGACAAUGGGUGGUGCUGGUGCUGGUGGGGACCCGUACUAUGGGUAUGCUCAAACGGGUGCGGGUGCGGGUGCUGGUGGUGGGUCUGAGCAGGGGAGUCAAAGUGGUGGGUUUUUUGAUGGGUGGUUUGGUGGUGAAGGGAAGAAGGAGGGGAGUGGUUCGAGUAGAGGUGGAAGCAGGGGCGAAUCGGUGUUGGAGAGCUUUGAUACGCCUACUCCUAUGCCUAAUUUUGAUUACAAAUGAUGGGUUUGUUUGUUUGUUUUCAAUGCCACAGCAUGGUACGCGAGUAUUUGACAUAAUAGAAGAUUUCUGCAUUGGAGAACCGAACAGAAGCCACAGCAUGGUACACGAGUAUUUGACAUAAUAGAAGAUUUCUGCAUUGGAGAACCGGAACAGAAGCCACAGCAUGGUACACGAGUAUUUGACAUAAUAGAAGAUUUCUGCAUUGGGGAACUGUAACAGUGACUGAGCUUGUAUGACACUGCGACUGAUUCUAUGCAUUACAGGGAAAACUAAUUGGAUUUGAUAACUAGAUUAAUUUGUUUGGCGUUAAGUUAUACACUUAUAUUCAAAGUAGGUUCAAUCCACAGCUGGAUUUUCAAUGACUGUUGAAACAUAUUGACAUGUUAAUUUCUUUCUGAUUUAUUUUCAAUAAAUAAAGUUAAUAGCGUUUGUAGGCUGAUCACGAAUAAGGGUAGCUCAGUUGUUAGCCAUAGAUCUUACACCGGUAUUUGUGGUUGUGACUCGUGAAAUUCGAAUUCACAUCACUUACCCUGGGAUCUUACAUUCUUACCACCGGUGUUGUGGUUUUGACUUGUGAUGUUGUGGUUGUGACUUGUCCUUCACUCCAUGGGGGAGAGGGGAAGAGGCCGAGGUCUCUUCCCCUAUUUGAUGCACGUAAGACUGACAUACAUAUUCUUGUGUUCUUGUAAUUGUAUGACCGUACUUUUUAGAGCUUGUAAUAAACUAUAUUAACUGAUAC